AUCUGUUCAGAGUGCUGUGUGAUGGUAGGUUUCAGUCAUACACACAAUUACAUCUUGGCACGAGUCACAGUUCCAGCACGACUAGGCAGAGUCAAGGUCAGUGUGAGGCUGGAGCUUCUCUUAUCUAUCAGGACACUGGUACUACCACAUAGAUACAGGGACACAUGGAUACGCCAAACACGCACGCAGGCACUGGACUUUGAACAGUGUCAUGCUGAUGAGGUGAUCUGCACAAGAGAUAUAUAAUAAGUACAUACCAAUAGCCUUCAGAGCUUUCUAUGCAUCUUUGAUAUCAGGCUGAGCGCUUCUACCAGACUAUUUACCAUUUGUUAUUUCUGAGAUCAUAGACAAAACAGAACAUUGUUUUAACAUCUCGCUUCCUGUCUACUUCUUCCCUCAGUCUACAGAUAAGUGAUAACCUCAGUCACUUGGAAAAAUCAUGACAAUCGGAAAAAGCUCCAAGAAGCAAAAGGCUCCUCGGGCUCCUCCUUUCCUAGACCGGGCCAGUGGAUUCUAUGGACGUUUAGAUGAAAUAGAAAUAGAGUUCAGGACAGAGGCGCAGAUCACAGAGAAACAAGAAAUGAAGAACGGAGAGCUGCCAGAUGAUCAGGAGCACUGUGUGUUAGAUUUCAGUGAGGGCAUGAUGGAAGACGAUGGGACCACCCUGCUGAAGAGGAAGCCAAGCCGACUGAGCCGGCGCUGGAGCAGGAAAAGCUCUAGGAGGACCAAGUCUGAUAAAUCGUCCCUGGAGAUAGACAGCCAAAGGGCUGAGACUGAGGUGGCUCCUUCUAUUAACCCGAGCGUGGACGUGCACUUAGAAACUCAGCCUGAAACAGGAUCAGGCAGCAGAGCUCCAGAACCCAUGCUAAUCCACUUCUCCAUAAGAGAGGAAGCUGAUGAUCAGAAGCUUAUUUCUGAAGGAAAGGAGAGACAAAGGGAGAUGAAGGGCAAGAGGAGACAAGGAGAGGUGGAAGGGAAAGCAGAUGUAGAGAACAUGAAGGUUGUUAAAAGGAACUCUCUUAGGAAUUAUCACAAGGUUUUGGAUAAAGCAUUCCGACGAGGAUGGGAGACCUUCAUUGCUAACUUGUACAGCGUGACCCUCUCUCCUGCUCCCUCCUCUGUGUCUUCACCAAGCAAGUCUGAAAUGGACAGGAAGGCUGCUCUUGCAGAUUUUAGAUAAUAUUGAAUUAGAGGCUGAUUUAAUUUAAAUAUAAAUUAUACAUUUCAGAUGAUAAUUGCCUGAAAAUGUGUUCAUGUAGUAAUUAUUACAUUUAUUUUUUGUAAGCUGUAUUUAUAUUUGAUUUAUCUCCACCAGAAUUAUCUUUGCUUGUUUGUUUUUUUUAAAUGUUACUACAGUAUCUAACAUGGAUCUUGUUUUAGGAUGGUUUGUGUUUAUAAUCUGAAAAAGCAAGAUCAAUAACUUGAAAGUGCCUGUGAGGUUGUAGUUUUUGUUCUGACUUGGGUGCAGGACAUGGUGAAUUAUGUUACUGCUCAAUAAGCUUUUGUCCCACAGAACAAAACGAUCUCACAAAACAUAAUGGAAUCAUUUUAGGACUUGUUAUGAACGUUGUAAAACUGAUUGAGCUGAGAACAGUAUUAUGGAGGCACAGGUCCUUGAUGUAAUUUGUCUUUGCUAAUGGGCAAUCUGCCAUGACCAUGGGACUAAAACUCCAACACUGGGAGCUCAUAUCUUCCUGGCUUUGACGUCCAUGACUGAGCCAGCUGACUGAGUUAUUUAUAUUGAUCAUAAAACAUUUGUAAGGAAUUAAUGAACUUAUAAGAUCAGGACUAUGGAGAAAUAAAAAAUAUAUAUAUUCAUUAUAAA